ACAUUUUCAAGUGUAUAUGCCACUCAUUGCAUCUUUGUGCCAGCAAUGCAUGUAAAAAAUUACCAAGAAGUUGUGAAGAUCUGGCUCGAAAUGUCGAUGGUGAAUUUAAAAACAGCGCUAAACGACAGCACUUGUUCAAAAAGUUCCAAACAUUUUUAAACAUUGAUGUUCACAAAAUUCUCCGUCCAGCACAUACGCGUUGGUUAUCUUUAAAAGCGAUCGUUUCGAGGAUAAUUGAACAGUGGCCUGCACUCGAAUUAUACUUUAGAGACCAAAUGCUAACUAUUCGAUUAAAAUCUGUUGAACAGAUUGUCCAAGCUCUCAACAAUCCGAUCAUCAAACUAUUUUAUCUUUUUCUGGACUAUAUAUUACCUAAAUUUACUAAACUAAAUGAACUCUUUCAGUCAUCGUCGGUAGUUGUUACAAGCCUCCAUGAUAAAAUGUGUAAAAGCUAUCAAGAACUUUUCGAAACGUACAUGUCCAGAGAUUAUAUUUAUCGGACCAAUUUAAUUGAACUAGACCCAUGCAAUGAGUCGCAUCGUUUACGUUCGGAAAAUAUGUACUUUGGAAUUGAAGUCAGAAAAAUGCUGGAUCAGGUCGAAAUUCGCAAUAAUGAAAAAUUAAAAUCAGAUUUCGCAACGACUUGUACCGAUUUUCUAAUUGAAGGUUGUAAAGAAAUUAAAAAGCGCUAUGAUUUUUCAGAUCUUGUUUUAAAAUUAGUCUCGUAUCUGAAUCCGUCGAAAGCAAUGUUGAGAAAGACCAGGGAUAUUGUCCCCAGUUUGCUGCCCUUGAUGAAGGUUUUGCCUCGUAUUGCAGCAAGUGAUCAACAUCAAAUAAUCAAUGAUGAGUGGCGUCAAUUACCGUCUUUCGAGCUCCCGGCAGGUAUUGAUGUAAAUGAUCCGGUCGAUAUUUUUUGGGCAAAGCUGUUGGAAUGUGAAGGAGGAGACCAAGGAAUGACUUUUAAAAACGUUUCAAAAUUUGUGCUCGAAACAAUAUCACUUCCACACUCGAAUGCUGACAGUAAACGCAUAUUCAGCAAAAUUAACUUAAUUAAAACUAAGGCUCGCAAUAAAAUGACAAUUUCGACGGUAAACGGCGUGCUAUUAGCUAAACAACGAGUUAGAGGUAAAGAAAACGGUUGCACAACGUAUGAUCCAUCACAGAGUGAAUACAGUCGGAUGAACAAAGCGUUACUAUACAUAAAAAAAAUUACUACAGAAAGCACUGCCAAAACGGUUCAAGAUUUAUAUAGUGACGCGGAUGUAGAGGAAUUUAAUAAUAUUUUAAUGCCAAACGAUUUCUAA